UCGCGACUAUUCGACAGUGACCGGUGAAUUGUGGCAAGGCGAGUUGUGUUGAGCUUUUCAAACGCGAGAAGCCAAUCGAUCCCGGUUGAUCUUAGUGUAAGAACGGCUAUCUUGCUGGACGCUCCAGGAUUAUUUUCAAUCUCGAACGGCGCUGGUUACGUUGAAGGAGGGAACGUGAUAUGGAAUCCGCGAUCGGGAAUCUCGAGGAAAGCGUGCAGAAAGCCGACGGGAAGCUGGACAUGAUCGCGUGGCAGAUAGACGAAUUCGAGAAGGCCUUUGAGGAGCCAGAAGACGAGAGGCCGGCUCGUUUCAUGACCGACAUGCGUUUCCUCGUUCUUGGUCUGACAUUAAUUGUAAGUCUGCUAGUCGUAAGAAGAGUUUCUGCCCAUGGAAGACUGAUAGAGCCACCCUCGAGGGCCUCCAUGUGGAGGUACGGCUUCGACACACCUCACGAUUAUAACGAUCACGAGUGCUAUUGCGGUGGGUUUACCAGGCAAUGGCAACGAAAUAAAGGGAAAUGUGGCAUUUGCGGCGAUCCCUGGGAUUCUCCAACGCCACGUAUUCAUGAAACGGGCGGCAAAUAUGGGAACGGCGUGAUCGUUCGGCGUUAUCGGACCGGAUCGGUUAUACCGGUCCGUGUGGAGUUGACGGCGAACCAUCACGGCUACUUCGAGUUCCGCACCUGCGCCAUGACCUAUCGUGAUCAGGAGGUCACCCAGGAAUGUCUGGACCAACACCUGCUGCAUGCUGAGAAUGGAUCCACCCGUUAUUAUCCUGGUCCCGGCAACAAGGUCUUCGAGGGUUAUUACAAAUUACCGGAGGGUCUGACCUGCGCUCAAUGCGUCUUCCAAUGGCGAUACAUUGCCGGGAAUAAUUGGGGCGACUGUGGCAACGGCACAGGAGCGGUGGGAUGUGGGCCUCAGGAAGAAUUUCGAGCCUGUGCUGAUAUCGUCAUUGGUGAUAACGAGGUAACGUUACCACCAAGGCAGCCAACCAGUCCUACACCCACAGACAAAUUGCCGACAGACACGAGCCCGUUGCCGAGAUCUGGGCCAUAUUGGCUGUUUAGUGUUAUCAUCGCUGGUACGUGCCUGUUGGUGGUGCUGGCUGCUAUGGCGUUGCUUUAUACGUACUACUAUCACGCUGGUAGAGCCAAAAAGUGGCUCAUGGCGAGGAGACUCCUGGUGCAGGAGAGUCCGCCAGUUGCCCCACCGAGGCAUAAACGACAUCAUCACGUAUCGAACACGCAGCUUCAACUGUAGAAUUGUACUCAAUUGUCAGUAUCGCAUCCUGGAGAAAAAGUAGUUCGAAGAAUUUUUCGAUUCAAUCAAUACUCGAAUCGUUAUGCGAAGUACAUUUUGUCUUCUAGCCUGACGUUCAAACGUGACAGACGCAUACAUAGUAUUCACUCAUGAAGAGACUGCAUUUCAAGCGAUAUAUCUUCAUACUCAGCACGUACUUUUUCUCUCUUUCUCUCUCUCUCUCUUUCUCUCUCUCUUGUAU